AUGGCCAAAUUUAGUCUUUUAGGGCUGGCCACUUGGGUUGGCUUAGCCGCAGCCAAGGACGUCUACCUGGACUGGAACGUCACUUGGGUUAAUGCUUCCCCCGAUGGGUUCCAGCGUCCGGUCAUUGGUAUCAAUGGCCAAUGGCCCUGCCCGCAGAUCAAUGUGGAUUUGGGCGACAAACUGAUCGUCGAUGUCUACAACGGCCUUGGAAACGAGUCCACGGGUAUCCACUGGCACGGCAUCCGCCAGGAGGGCAGUGGUGUUAUGGAUGGUGCCGUUGGAGUCACCCAGUGCCCGCUUGCGCCAGGAGAGCACAUGCAAUAUCACUUCGACAUCAACCAAACCGGAACGUACUGGUAUCACUCGCACGACAUGGGCCAGUACCCCGAUGGAUUCCGUGGUGCUCUGAUCGUUCGUGACCCUAGUCCUCCUUUCCACUUCGACGAUGAGUUCACACUCACUCUGAGCGACUGGUACCAUGCCGAGAUGCCGGGGCUGCUCAACACCUAUCAGUCCACGGAAAAUACGAAGAACCAUGGCGCUGAGCCCAUUCCUGACGCGACAUUGAUCAACGACUCAACCAGCACCAAGAUCAAGGUGCUGCCUAACAAAACGUAUCUUGUUCACAUCAUCUGUAUUGGAAACUGGCCCGGCCAUUUCUGGGUGAUCGAUGGCCACGAGAUGACUGUGGUGGAGGUCGACGGCGUCUAUACUGACCCCUACCCUGCUGGAGACAAGUUCCUGCGUGUCGCAACCGGCCAGCGUAUGAGCGUUCUGAUCAAAACCAAGUCUGACGCCAGCAAGAACUUUGCGAUCUGGGAUACUAUGGAUGUCAACAUGAUGUUUAUCUUCGAGAAUCGUACCAUCCCAGAAAACUACAACCCUAAUGCCACCGCCUGGUUGGUAUACGACGAGGCGAAGCCCCUGCCCGCGCCUCCCGUUUUCCAGCACAUUGACUUCAAUGAUGACUUUGUGGAUGAUGUCAACCUGGUACCAGCAGACCACGAGCCCUUGCUUGAGCCCGUGAACCACCAGAUCAUUAUGGACACCGGCGUCGCGCUGAUUAACGGUGUCCCACGCCACACGGUUAAUAACAAGACCUACAUCGCCCCGAAAGUGCCGUCUCUAUACACUGCCAACACAGUCGGAUCCGAGUUUUCCUCCAACCCCGAAGUUUACGGCCAAGUCAACCCCUUCGUCGUGAAGCACAACGACAUCGUCGAAAUCAUCAUCAACAACCAUCACGGCAACUUGCACCCCUGGCACUUGCACGGCCACCACUUCCAGGUUCUACAGCGCACCCCAGUCGAUGGCGGUUUCUACAACGGCUUAACGAGCAACGUCUCCACGACCCCGAUCAGACGCGACACCAUCAUGGUCCAGAACAACGGCCACGCCGUCAUUCGCUUCCGCGCAGAUAACCCCGGUGUUUGGAUGUUCCACUGCCACGUCGAGUGGCACGUCGAGGGUGGUCUUAUGGCCACUAUCAUCGAGGCACCCGAGACCUUCCCGGAUAGCGUCCACGCUCCCCCGAAGAGCCAUUACGACGCCUGCAGGGCCUAUCCCCAACAAACCAGCGGUAAUGCCGCUGGCAACAAGGGUCUCGACUUGACCGGACUCAAUACUACGGUUGAAUCUGGCAGCCACGGCGCUCUGUAUACCAAGAAGAAGGGCACCAAAGUUCCCGCUUCUGCGGCUCCGUCUCAUAAAUCGGAACAACCAGUGGCGCCAAAUCCCGCUGCCAAGCCAUUCCCAUCAACUCCCCAAGCCCCUUCUGUGCCCUUUCCACAGGGCUCGCGCCCCAAGUUCCCACAAAACUCUCCCGACAUGGCGUCGGUAGCAGCAACUGCGGAGAGUACCAAGGGUUUCUGGCCUUUCAGUAAUCGUGAUAUUUUCUCUGAACUCGAGGACUGGGAGUAA